AGAGCAGCAACAACUACAGCCAGAACAACAACAACUAGAACAACAACAGCAGCAACAGCGACAUCAGCAAAACCAUUUUAAUAUUAAUAAUAAUGAUACUGCUUUAACGCACCCAAGCAACCCCAAUUCCUGCUCUACUGCUAUUGUAAAUAAUACGCUACUACACAACACUACUACUACCACAGCAACAGCAACAACACAAGUUGCAACAACAACAACAACGAACAUUAACAACGACAGCAAAGAGCGCUCCAAUUUGCUGCUGAGCAAGUCAAAAUUCGCAUCAAUGGGCAGCAUUUCAAGUGUACAGUCUCCGCAUCCCCCCAACGUAGCUGAGUCGAGGGUGGCAGAUGCCACAAACAGGCAUCCCCCACAGUUGCUCCCACCACCGUUGCCGCCUCGAAUGAAAGUAAAUGGCAUUAAAGCACAGCCAACUUUGGGGGGAGCAGCAGGCAGCAGCAGUCGUUGCUUUAUCGAUUGACCCAAUUGCUGCAACGCAGUUUUCCAUUUCAAAUGCAACUGUCACCUCCUCUCCCUCCGCCUCUCCCUCCUCUCUUGUACCUGGCAAAACUCGCGCUGGCGCGCUGAAGCGCAACAACAGCUAUAGGCUGGCCAACGAUGAGCUGAAGCUGGAAAUGAAUAAGGAGAAUUUCGGUGGCAGUGCAUUGCCCUCAGCUCUGCCACUGCAACAUGCAACAAGUUCGCUCAAAUUGCGCAACCACAACAAGCUGCAAUUGCUGCACUCUCCCAAUUCGAGCAACAACUCUUCGGCCAAAAUAGCCAAAUCCUUUGAGCGACUAGUCGAUGAAUUCUCCCUAUCGACCACAUGCAUUGAUUCCUCCUAUUUGCGCAACAAAUCGCUCGAGAAUUUCGAUGACUCAGCCGCUCUAAUGGAGCGGGAGUUGAAGUUGCAGCCAGACAACGUUAUUGCCCCAGACAAUGACGUGCAGUCUGCGCCAGUCAACAACUCCGAAGAGGAUGAGGCGGAGGAGGAAGAGGAAGACGAUGAGGAAAUGCUUUCGACGACGACCACACCUCAUCAACGUUACCACAAGUCCUUUGUUGAAAGCGUCUUGCUGCGUCCCUUUAAAAUCAUUCUGCCCAAUGAGGAUAACGGGGCGCGUCGCCAGCGCAUUUUGCAAAAGUUUGAGGUAACUGAGAUCUGGUAAAUGUCUCGAGUCUCUCUAGACUCAUUAACUUGUCUUUAACUUGACCUUUUACUAAAAAUAAAAACCCACACGUUGCUGCAAGUGUGCAUCUUGAGCGAGUGCAUUGUCUUUGUGCAUCCCUCAGUUUUUGUUAAGGAGCUCUCCUUACCUUAGAACGUGUUCAAUGGGCUAGUGUUUGCCCCAAGGAAGUGCAGCUCCCCUUCUUCUACCAAAUCAGGUUCAACUACCUUAACUAACAGCAGCCAAGCAUAUGCCGCAGCCAACUUAACAUGGCAAAUCAAAAGCAACCACUCUCUAUCUUUCCUUUACUGCACAUAUGAAUAGUGCAAAGCUGCAUAAAUAUUCAUAGCGCAGCCAAGUUAACAAUGCUCACAAUGCUGCCAAAUUACAAGCUAUUUCCCUCUAGCUAUUCAUAGCGCAGCCAACUUAACAAGGCAAACAGUGCUGCCAAUUGAGCUGCCUUUAUUCCCAGUUCCCUUGUACACUUGAAAUGCGGCCCUUUAAAUAAAUAAUUAAAUUAAUUUGCACCAACUCUGUUACUAACGUUUGUUCGCUCGUUGUGCCAUUUUAACAGUUUUUAAUCAACUUUUGUUUUAAGUGCAAAUAAUUCUUGUUUUAAUGCCCUUUGUUCUUAACAAAAUGCACUAAUAAUUAAUUAAGUGUUAUGUGUAAUUAAUUGUGUUUUGUCAACUUGAUUUUCUUAACUGUAACUAAUUUGUACAACUAAGUUUUAUUUAACAACAACUACAACAACAACAACAAACAUAUAUGUGUAUUGUAAAUUCUGUAAAGUUUUUUGCACCGUUUCCAUGUUUUAUGUUUUAAGUUUAUUGCAGUAUUUGACGCUAAUUUUUCAAAAAGUAAAUAAGAAAAAGGGAGUGCAAAAAACUUCGAUUGCAUAAUUUAUGUUAUAUGUAUAUGUAUGUGUGUGUCUGUUAUGUAUGCAUGUGUAGUGGUAGUUUUUUGCACCCCAAAAUUCCCCCCAAACUAACAAAAAAAAGUAGUUUUGAAAAGUUAGCGCAAAUGCAGUAACAAUUUAAGUAAGUUCCUAUGCCUAAUGUAGAAAGAAGAAGAAAAGUACUUAAGUUCAAAAGCACAUUCCAUACCACCGAUCGUAAGUAAGCACAAAUUGAGUAAACAAAAAAAGAAAUAAAAAAGAUCCUAUGAAAAACGCAUCCAAAAGUCAUUGUAUCAUAAAAACCACCCAUCGCAUAACCAUUGUUGGGCUAAGGGGAAACAAGAACAAGAACAACAACAGCACCUCCUCCAUCCAUUCAGCACCCAGCACCAUUUGUAUUAUAGCCACAUAACUCCCCACUCAUCAUAAAUGCACCCAAAGGUAAAAGACUGAACAGACUUCUCAGGUAUGUAAAGCCAACAUUAUUAGCUGCUAGCUGGCAUGCUUUUGAAACCUCCUUGAGUUAACUUCCUUACUAAAAAAUUAAUUAAUAAACCACUUGCUUAUUUCCCUUAAAUAUUUCCUAAAUCUAAAGAA